AUGACUAAACCGGUGCUCGAUGAGACUAAAGAGGUACCGUCUCUGCAGUCAAUACAUGCCUAUCAGGCCCGAAUUCUUGCCUGGGCUGAUCCGUUUGCCUCUUUGGCCAACGACAUCCCGCGGCCCCAAUUCAAACUACAGCUUCCUGAGAACUGGACACCCCGACUACCGAAUCUACCACAAAUGCCACAGUUGACCAUGCCCAACUUGACAAUGCCUCAGCUCAACGUCCCCCAACUCAAUGUGCCCCAACUGCAGUUUCCGAACUUGACAGUCCCGCAGCUGCCUGAGCUGGCAUUGCCGCAGGGCUGGCCCCGUCGCUGGCCGCAAUCCUGGGCACCGCAUUGGUUUGAGUUGAUCCAAGACCUGGAAGAAUUCGGUAUUGUGGAUAACGUUGACGACCUACUCGAGGGCUCCGAAGAGGAACAUAAAAGUGACGAUGAGGAGGAAAACGACGAAAUUAGCGAUAAUGCGAGUGUUUUCAGUCUUACAAGCGAAGACUCUGAUCUCGAGCGACUCGGCCAUGUUCCCGAUAUUGCAACUUUAAACGCUACCCUUCGCAAUGCAUCUCAAUUGCUACUCAAAAGCUUCACCGAAGCAAUUGAACGAAGCAGAUCUCCUCGCUCUGUUAUACAAUCUGAUGCAGAACUCGAGCCCGAGCUCCAGGCUGAGCUCUCACCUGAAGACCUCGCGGCUUCGUAUACUCCAGACCGCGACGGUCUAGGAUGCGCACAUUACCGGCGAAACUGUAAAGUGCAAUGCAUUGACUGCCACAAAUUUUAUCCCUGUCGACUUUGCCAUGAUGAGCUGGAGGCACAUAAUUUACCUCGUCGUGAAACAAAGUACAUGCUCUGUAUGCUUUGCGACAAAGUAUCCAGGGCAGGCCAGUUUUGCAAUAAUUGCCACAAGGAAAUGGCAUCAUACUUUUGCGAUAUAUGCAAGCUAUGGAGUGACGAACCUGAAAAGUCGAUUUUCCAUUGCGACGACUGUGGUAUUUGCCGUGUUGGAGCAGGCAUCGGAAUCGACACUAUCCACUGUCAAAAAUGUGGUAUCUGCAUGAACAUUGAACUUGCAGACAACCACCCAUGCAUUGAAAGAAGCGCCAACUCUAAUUGUCCGAUCUGUCUGGAGUAUUUGUUUAAUUCUACAAAAGUGCUCAUGUUUAUGGCCUGCGGCCAUCCGAUCCAUCAGCUGUGCUAUCAGUCGUAUGUUUCAGCCAACUACAAAUGCCCAAUCUGCUUCAAAUCCAUCAUCGACACAUCGGCAAUAUUUAGAGCGAUUGACAAUGAGGUUGCCAGGGAAAUUCUUCCCUCGGAACUCAGAGACCUUCGAGUGGACAUUAUGUGCAACGAUUGUCGGGCGAAAUCUCGAGUGCCCUUCCAUGUUGCUGGACUCAAAUGCCAUACUUGUGGUUCAUAUAAUACAUCCAAAGUGUGA